UCCGCGCCCGGCGCAGCCCUCCGCCGCCGGCUCCGCGCUGGGAGCCAGCAGGUCUCCGGGAAGCGCGGAGGGUGGAGGGGGGGUAAUGCCGGAAUGCCCGGACCGCGGGGCCAAGGCGGCCCCCAUCCAUCAUAAAAUCUCCUUCUCCAUCUUAGACAUCCUGGAUCCCCAGAAAUUCAGCAGGAGACGCGAAGCGGCCGCGGGGAGCUGGGGCAGCGCCCCCCGCUCGGGAGAGCGGGAGAAAAGUUUGGGAAGAGUUGAAGUAGGAAAGGACGCUGCAGCUCCCGGCAGCGGGAGGAAUAAACUAGAGGCACAUGAUGCGCGCUCCCCGGCGGAGAGCGGCGCCGAGGCAGCGGGGCAGGAGCGCGGCGAGGAGGAGGACGGCACCGGGGCCGGCAGCCAUCCCGCCGCCCGCCCGCCCGGUGCGGAGGAGCCGGGCUCGCCGCGGGGCGCCCGGCGGCGGCGGGCCGAGGCGGGGUGCGGCAAGCCGCGGCGGGCGCGGACGGCCUUCACCUACGAGCAGCUGGUGGCCCUGGAGAACAAGUUCCGGGCCACGCGGUACCUGUCGGUGUGCGAGCGCCUCAGCCUGGCGCUCUCCCUCAGCCUCACCGAGACCCAGGUGAAGAUCUGGUUCCAGAACCGACGCACCAAGUGGAAGAAGCAGCACCCGGGCGCCGACGGCGCGGCCCCCGCCGCUUCCCCCGCCGCGGCGGGCGGCAGCCCCAGCCCGCCGGGCCCCGGCGCGCUGCCCUUCCAGACUUUCCCUUCCUACGCCGCCGCCAACGUCCUGGUCCCGCCGGCCGCCGCCUUCCCGCUGGGCGGCGGCCCCUUCGCGCCCUUCCUCGGCCCCGCGUACCUCGGGCCCUUCUACGCCCCGCACCUCUGAGGCGGGCAGAGCCGCCGCCGGCGGGGCGAGGGGCUGCGAGGGGCGACGGGAGCCCCCCGGGAGCCGGACACGGGCCUCGGCCCUCCUCUCCGAGCGGGGCGCAACGCCUUCGCUUCUGGUGGUUGCAUGGCGAGUUGAAGUGUAAGUUGAUUUUUUUUUUUUUAACCUAGUCGUCACAGCAGCAUGUUUAAGGUACAUACUUUGACAAAGAGAAAAAAAGCCACUGUAACCACUGGAUUUUAUUAGCACGUUCGAGAUGUAAUUAUAGGCGUCGGAGAUGGGAAAAGUAACCCUCUUUACACAUGCCUGACACUAAUUCCCUCCAGAUUCUUCUCCUAGUUCCUUUUUAAAACACUCCUCGUUGCCAUUUGGCUUGCCAGCACAUGUCUGAAACCUCGAGAGCGCGGGAGCUGCGGCGCCUGGUACGACUGCUGUUACCCUGAUGCCGCUGCGCGCGGCCGUUUCAAACCCCGGGGAUGCUCGCCAGCGAAGACGUCCCCAGCAUCUGCUUUUGCCCGAUUUGACCCAAGUUUUAUUACCAUUUCUGACUUCUGAAAACCACAAGCCGUGUACUUGGUACCUUACCUGGAAGACAGUUUUUCUUUGUGUCUGAGAAGGUGUAGGAAAUUGCCGCUCCCUGUCAUCAGGCGACGAGCAGGAAAUCUGCCCGGUCAGUGGGAGAGUGUUCGGUUGCUGAUGAUGUACGUGGCCUUUCUGUCUUUCUUUUCAGCUCAUCCCCAGUGACUUCAAAGCUUUUGGAUGAGAUGUCUAAAGAUCAUUCUUUUUGCAGAGAACAGUUGUUCCUGUAAUAACGCAGCAUUAGUGCCAAAUGAGGCAGAAAACAUAAAUCAGAGAAAAUGAUUACAUUAUUCAUUUCUUUAAAAAUGGGGCAUUUGUGGUAGAAGAUAAGUAAAACACAGAAUUUCCAGCAUGCCGAGACCUAUUUUCCAUAACAGAGAAACACAUGCUUUUUGGUUUUUGCUUUUUGGAGCGUUUGUUAGAAAGGAAAAUCACAUUUCAUCUUCAUCGUUACAAGCACCGGAAUGAAAAGGAAUUUUAGCUGGGGGCUUCUCUGUCCCUGAACGGAUGGGAAGUAAUUGGUUUAAAAAAAUCUGUCUCAUGCAGUUUCACAAAUUAUUACAACACGCUGUUCAAGACUGUAUCCCCUUGGUCUCUUAUGAAUGCUUUAAAGUACACGUUGGCUCUCCAACCAAAAAACUUAGCUCAUAAAUCCUAUCUAGCUCUUGUGUUUGUCUAAAUAAAAAGGUUUUUUU